GUUGCGCAGCCUAUCAGUUCACCUGUGACAAUGGAGUCUGUGAGUCUCAGGGUGUUGUAUGUGAUGGAUUUGACGACUGUGGAGACAACAGUGAUGAGGAACAGGACUGCAAUAGUGAGAAUUUUGUUGGACUGGCAGUCGGUGUCUUUGCUGGACUCACUUUCCUACUCUGCUGCUGUGGUGGAUCGAUUUGCGGCUGUCUCUUCCUCUGUUCCAGGAAACGACACCCUCCUCAAACACAUG